UGUCUGUUCUUCAAAUAACAAAUUAAAUAGAAUAUCUUCGCUACCUUUCCCUCCCAACCAUCCACCCAACUCCUCUCCCUUCUCAUCCCCAUAAUAUUACACAUCUCUCCCUCUCAUUUCAUCCCCCAUUACCAAAAAAAAUUCUUCCAUUCUCUCUCUACGUUAAUCCCACACCAAACAUCUACAUUUACUAGUUUCUUUUAUUCUCUCUCCCUUUUUCUUGAGCUGAAUUAUCGACCAGCGUCGUUGCUGCCACCACCACCGUCACUACCACCAAUUAGGAGACGAGACACUACAUAAAUAACAUUAUGGCACGUGGUCUCCUCUCCUGCUUUGGAUCAAAGGGGGGCUCGGGCACGUCCCACGAAAAGCACGCAGCCGGGGCGACCGCGCAUGUUUCGGCAGAGGAGCAGCAGCGGAGCGGACCGGUGCUGGUGGAGCUGUUCUCGUCGCAGGGCUGCACCACCUCGCCGGUCGCGGAGCUGCUAGUGUCGAGGCUUGGGAGGGGGGAUUUUGAUGGGACGGACCUGCCUCCUGUGGUUGUACUGGCCUUCCACGUGGAUUACUGGGACUACAUGGGCUGGAAGGACCCUUAUGGGUCCAGCCAGUGGACUGUACGGCAGAAGGCCUAUGUCGAGGCCUUGGGUCUGGACACCAUGUUCACCCCCCAGAUUGUGCUUCAAGGUAGGGCCCAAUGUGUUGGCAACGAUGAGAGUGCUUUGCUAACGUCGAUCAAGGAUGCACCUAGAUAUCCUGCACCGGCGUUCCAGGCAACAUUCCAAAGGCCAUCACUGGCCUCCUUGCAAGUAUCCCUAACAGGAUCAUUGAGGUCGAAGGUGGACAGCUACGGUGCCAAUGUGAUGGUGGCGCUGUACGAGAACGGGCUGAUUACCGACUGCCCCAAGGGAGAGAACCAAGGACGUGUCCUGUCCAAUGACUUCGUCGUCCGACGACUUGAAAAGCUCUGCACUGUGAAAGACAUUGCUGCAAAGAAGACCAUUUCUGGAACCAUCAACUUCUCCUUGUGGGACGGUUACAAUCCAGCCAAAUGUGGCAUGGCCCUCUUUGUUCAGAACCCUUCCCAUCAAAUUUUUGGUUUGCAGGACUUUCAGCUGCCGGACAAUUGAUACGGCUAUACGUUUCCGCUGGCUGGACGGCCGGUAUUGGAGGACGAUUAUGUACAGGAUGUGUUCAUAGUAGGGUUACUGAUUUCUUUUUCUUAUUUCAGUUUGUGUUUUUCCUUGCUUGUUGGGAUUUGACAUUUAGAAUAUGGGAGAGAAAUUUGCGUUCAGGAUUAUAA